AUGAGCAACUCCCGGAAUAACCGGGUGAUGGUGGAAGGGGUCGGGGCCCGGGUGGUGCGCGGCCCGGACUGGAAGUGGGGAAAGCAGGACGGUGGCGAGGGCCAUGUGGGCACGGUCCGGAGCUUCGAGAGCCCCGAGGAGGUGGUGGUAGUGUGGGACAACGGAACCGCGGCCAACUACCGCUGCUCCGGGGCCUACGACUUGCGCAUCCUGGACAGCGCGCCCACCGGCAUCAAGCAUGAUGGAACCAUGUGUGAUACCUGCCGUCAGCAACCAAUCAUUGGUAUUCGAUGGAAAUGUGCGGAAUGUACGAAUUAUGACUUGUGCACAGUUUGCUAUCAUGGAGAUAAACAUCAUUUGAGGCAUCGCUUUUAUAGAAUUACUACACCAGGAAGUGAGCGGGUUCUGUUAGAGUCUCGUAGAAAAUCUAAGAAGAUUACAGCCAGAGGGAUCUUUGCAGGUGCCAGAGUGGUACGAGGAGUGGACUGGCAGUGGGAAGAUCAGGAUGGAGGAAAUGGACGCAGAGGAAAGGUAACAGAAAUCCAAGACUGGAGUGCAUCAAGCCCACAUAGCGCAGCUUAUGUUCUCUGGGAUAAUGGUGCUAAGAACCUUUACAGAGUUGGCUUUGAGGGCAUGUCUGAUCUGAAGUGUGUCCAGGACGCCAAAGGAGGUUCUUUUUACAGAGAUCAUUGUCCUGUGCUAGGUGAGCAGAAUGGCAACAGGAAUCCAGGUGGACUGCAGAUUGGUGACCUGGUAAAUAUAGAUCUUGACCUAGAAAUUGUACAGUCUUUGCAGCACGGUCAUGGAGGAUGGACUGAUGGCAUGUUUGAGACUUUAACUACUACUGGAACUGUUUGUGGCAUUGAUGAAGAUCAUGACAUUGUAGUACAAUAUCCAAGUGGCAAUAGGUGGACCUUUAAUCCUGCAGUUCUCACUAAAGCAAACAUUGUCCGAAGUGGGGAAGCUGCUCAAGGUGCAGAGGGAGGCACCUCACAGUUUCAAGUGGGUGAUCUUGUACAAGUUUGUUACGAUCUGGAAAGAAUUAAACUUCUACAAAGAGGACAUGGAGAAUGGGCUGAAGCUAUGCUCCCAACUUUAGGUAAAGUUGGCCGAGUACAACAGAUUUAUUCAGACAGUGACUUAAAGGUGGAAGUUUGUGGAACCUCUUGGACAUAUAAUCCAGCUGCAGUUUCCAAGGUGGCAUCUGCAGGAUCAGCCAUUAGCAAUGCAUCUGGUGAAAGACUCUCUCAGCUCUUGAAGAAAUUAUUUGAAACCCAGGAAUCUGGUGACCUCAAUGAAGAAUUAGUUAAGGCUGCUGCCAAUGGAGAUGUUGCUAAAGUGGAAGAUUUGUUAAAAAGACCAGAUGUGGAUGUAAACGGGCAAUGUGCUGGCCACACAGCUAUGCAAGCUGCUAGCCAGAAUGGACAUGUUGACAUUUUGAAGUUACUUUUGAAACAAAAUGUGGAUGUAGAAGCAGAGGAUAAAGACGGAGAUAGAGCCGUUCACCAUGCAGCUUUUGGGGAUGAAGGUGCUGUUAUAGAAGUACUGCACCGAGGCAGUGCUGAUUUGAAUGCUCGGAACAAGCGCCGACAGACGCCACUUCAUAUUGCUGUCAAUAAAGGUCAUCUUCAAGUUGUGAAGACUUUAUUGGACUUUGGCUGUCAUCCCAGUCUCCAGGAUUCUGAAGGUGAUACCCCUCUUCAUGAUGCAAUAAGUAAGAAACGUGAUGAUAUCCUGGCAGUUCUUCUAGAAGCUGGAGCAGAUGUUACCAUUACAAACAAUAAUGGAUUUAAUGCUCUACAUCAUGCUGCACUAAGAGGAAAUCCCAGUGCAAUGCGUGUUUUACUAUCCAAAUUACCAAGACCAUGGAUUGUAGAUGAGAAGAAAGAUGAUGGUUAUACUGCCUUGCAUCUUGCUGCACUUAACAAUCAUGUGGAAGUGGCUGAACUGUUGGUACAUCAGGGUAAUGCAAACUUGGAUAUCCAGAACGUGAACCAACAAACUGCCCUACACCUUGCUGUUGAAAGACAGCACACCCAGAUUGUGAGGCUUUUGGUCCGUGCAGGUGCCAAAUUAGAUAUUCAGGAUAAGGAUGGGGAUACUCCUUUGCAUGAAGCUUUGAGGCAUCAUACCUUGUCUCAGCUACGUCAGCUCCAAGAUAUGCAAGAUGUGGGGAAGGUCGAUGCUGCCUGGGAGCCAUCCAAAAACACAUUAAUAAUGGGACUUGGUACCCAGGGUGCAGAGAAGAAAAGUGCAGCAUCUAUUGCCUGUUUCUUGGCUGCCAAUGGCGCUGACCUUAGCAUUCGAAAUAAGAAGGGUCAGUCGCCUCUUGAUCUCUGUCCUGAUCCAAGUCUCUGCAAAGCACUGGCAAAAUGUCAUAAAGAAAAAGUCAGUGGUCAAGUGGGUUCUCGAAGUCCUUCUAUGAUUAAUAAUGAUUCUGAAACCUUAGAAGAGUGCAUGGUGUGUUCAGAUAUGAAGAGAGAUACUCUUUUUGGCCCAUGUGGACAUAUUGCUACCUGUUCUUUAUGUUCUCCACGAGUCAAGAAAUGCCUCAUCUGUAAAGAACAAGUUCAAUCCAGGACAAAGAUUGAAGAAUGCGUUGUGUGCUCUGACAAGAAAGCAGCUGUUCUUUUUCAACCUUGUGGACACAUGUGUGCUUGUGAAAACUGUGCCAGCCUCAUGAAAAAGUGUGUGCAGUGCCGGGCAGUAGUUGAACGAAGAGUGCCUUUCAUUAUGUGUUGUGGAGGGAAAAGUUCAGAAGAUGCUACUGAUGAUAUCUCAAGUGGAAAUAUUCCAGUGUUACAAAAGGACAAGGAUAAUACCAAUGUCAAUGCUGAUGUGCAAAAGUUGCAGCAACAAUUACAAGACAUUAAAGAGCAGACAAUGUGCCCUGUGUGUUUGGAUCGUCUGAAGAAUAUGAUUUUCCUCUGUGGCCAUGGGACAUGCCAGCUCUGUGGAGACCGAAUGAGUGAAUGUCCUAUUUGUCGCAAGGCUAUUGAACGAAGGAUUCUUUUGUAUUAACUAAGAACCUCAGUGUGUUUUAUUAGCUGAAGUAUUUGGUCAUGAGAUCUUAGUAAGCUUUUAAACUUAUUAGAGAUUCUAAUGAAUUAAUUUUUAAUACCAUACUUUCUUUACUAGAAUGUAAUUGUAAAUGUACUUGAACAAAAAGCUGUAUAAGACAGUGUUUAAAGCUUUUUUUUUCCUGUCUUUUAAUUUGAAAUGUCAACUCCAUGUACUUCACAGUAUUUACUUUUGGCUUCUAAGGGAAAAAUCCUUUAAGGAUCUCUUAUUAUUUUUGUUUUUAUUGCAUUUUUGUCUUACAAUUUAUAAGUUUGUUAGAUGUCAACCGAUAAACUUUCUUGUGAUCAGCUAUCCUUCAGUUCAUCGUGAUUUUAUGCAGUGAGUUGACAGAGGUACUCAGAAGAGUCAUGCAUCAAAUGAAAGGGGCAAGUUGAAUCAUUAUGUUACAUACAUUAAAUGAUAAAGUUACAGAAUGAGUUCUACAUAGUUAAGAGAAUAUUGAAGAGAAGAUUCUAUUUUUAAGAUUAAACAAAGUUACCCAAAUUAUUGUUUCUGAAUUCUUAGGGUAAAUGGAAGCAAAGAAUGAGAUAAUGACUUUGCAUUAGCAUAACUACUAGAUUUAAAUGGAACACUGUUUAAUUUGAGUCAAAUUGCUAGUUUCAAAGUGAAUGAUAGCCAUGAAAAGGAAAACUAAGCAGUCAUAUUAGGGGAACUGAUAGGGAAAUGUAUCCCGUAAAGGAGUACCUAUUAAAUAUUAACAGUUGCUUUUCUUAUGUUAAUUUACCAGCUGUUUUGUUCAGCCAGCCUUUAAAAAAAGUCUUUGAAAAGUGUACCUCAGUUUUCCCUGUGGUUACUUACCCAGGCUUGGUCUGGCUGGUGAAAUGGUUUUGCCCUGUUGGGCUUCUGGAGUUCCAUUUAGCUUUUCUCAUGUGCUGAGUAGUACCCCGCUAUCCGAGAGGAAGAAUGUAUUGUCCAAAGGCGGCAAUCUUUUUUCUCCAUUCCUAGCUAUUUUGAUAGUGUUCCUGAUUCUACUUUCAUCACAAGCCUUAUUCCAUUCUCUCUCAGAGAAUAAGGCUCACUAAAGAAAAUGUCCUGUCUUUAUACCCAGAUGAGGAUAUUGCCAACAAUAUCUAAGACAUAAUAGAUAACCGAAUAAUAAAUACUCACUUUUAGAAAGAGUGACUAGGACAUUUAUAGAAAUAUGUCUGAUAACUGAUAGAUUUUUUUUUUUACUCAAACUUUGACUCUAGAAUAUCAAAUCAUUUUCUCUCCUUUGAAUGACUAAUCUUUGCUAUGUCUAGGAUGAAUAUACAUGUAAAUAAGUGUUUUGAGGUUCAUUGCUGCUAGAAUGUAAGAUUAUCAGCUGUUUACAGUAGUGUCUAUUAUAUACUGUGUAUAAGCUUACUCUUGAGCAUACCUUCCUUUUUUGUAGUCCCCCACCUCCCCUAGACUCUGGUUCUUACUUCAAUUUUUCUGCUACAACUAAAUUUGAAAGUACUUUUGGCUGUUUAAUGGCUGCUGCCUUUGCAAGUCUUGGUGAAAACAGUGGUGAGCUUUGCUGGCUGAUUUUGUAGUCUUGGUAAUUCUGUAUCUGUGUUUAGCUGAAUUAACUUAUUACUUAGAACAGUAAAAUUUUUAUAAAUUUGAAAAUUGAAAAUUUAUAUUGACUCUACUCAGUUAUCUAAUAAAGGGCCACUGAGGCUAUUUUUUUAAAGCCAUAUUUUGAAGAUAAGAAGAUAAGACAUCUGGCAUGGUGUUCACGUAAAGAAACUAUUUUCUUUCAGACUUGAAAAUAGUGGUAAGUCAGGAUUUUUCCUUUUUUUCCAUGCUAUAGAACCCCCAUGUCUUUCCCACUAGAUCAGCUGGUCAGGAGGGAUCACCUGGCUGACUCAUGCAUAGGUUGGCCAACUAGAGAAUGUAGGGUCUAGAGCUCUGCUUUACUUACAUGCUUUUCCAUUUGUCUUUGGAGCUGCAGUGCUAAAACUUACAUCCCUAAAAGGCAAUUUUGUCUUCUAGAAUAGUGUGUCUUCUCCAUAGUAAAAAUACAGUAACUUACUAUAAAAGGCAUAAAGUCACUUCACUAUAAUUAUAGUGCUAUAUACUUGUGGGUUUUCUGUAUUUGUACCACUUUGAAAUUUGUUUGAUCAGUGGAAAAUGUUUCUCUAUUCAUGUGUUCAAGUACCUGAGAAAUUAUUUUAAAUUCAUUUUGGGUUUGUAAGAGAGAAUAAGAUUAAGAACUUAAUUUUUAAGUGACUUUUCUCUGUGAAACUACCUCUUACAUGUUUCUUAGCAGUACUUUCCCAAUUAGGUAUGUUUCCUUCUCAUUGACUCUCAAUCUUGUGCCUCAGAAGGGCUUUUAUUUUUCGUAGAAUCAUUUUAAGAAACAAAACUGACAUGCAUUCAUUCAAAAGUGUCUUUAUUGGGCUUCAGGGGCUAGAUACACAACAUUGAAAAAAUGGCCAGCAUCUUAGCACACACAAUUUAUCAUGCAGCAGUUGUAUAUUCGAAGUUAUCUGUAGUCUAAAGGAAGGGAUCCAGAGGUACAGAAAACGUUUCCUCCUGCUGUUGCGGAAGACUGUCAUGAGCAAUAUUUGGAUUCCCUCUCUGUGCUCCCUCCCUCCUACUACAUUUUCUCCUGUAUUCUUCUAACUAACAUUGUUACCCAACACACAUACAGAAAACUUACUGAAUGGUGCUAUUCUAAUUGUUUUUGUUGACAUACUUUAAUAUUCUUACUGCUUAUACUGUAUACAUAUUUAAUUUUGUUGGGAGCAAGAACGCUUUUCAAAAGAUCAUUUUGUAUUAGUAUAAGAAUAUUAGACAAGUGUUCUGUUCAGCUGGCUGAAUUAUUCUUGGGUAGGAUAUUUGUAUUGUUACAUUGCAAACUGACCAGUCAGCUACUGAGGCAUAAAAUAAAUUGAUAAUGUUGAACAUAACUUUAUUAAAUUUAUAUCUUUGAUGGCUUUAGCCUGUAAGAUCAUUUUAACAUAUUGGAAUGCAUGUUGCUUAAGAUUUGUCCAAUUCAAAUUUUAAAGCUUGCUGGGUUAUUUUUAAAUAGUAGAAAUUAUACUGUCUAGUUAUGUGUUGCCCAACUACUAUUCUUUGUUUAUUAUGAAUUUUAGACCUCUUUGAACUAGAAAAUGGACUUCUGAACUGAAUUAGUGAUGGGGUAGCACAGGGAGGACAGUAGGGAGAUACAGCAAGUAAAAAGAAAAGUCAGUGUUUGAGUGUAGAGAAAGGGAUCAUACAGAUUUCAUCAAAACAGUAAGUGGCAAGUAUAUUUAAUUGAAUAAUAAAAAAGGUGUUCCAAUCAAUUUUUAGUGUAGUUUAAUUGAUCAUUUUAGGCUUUAAUACAGCUUGCUUAAAAAAAAAAUCCCAAAGGAAAAGCACUUAUCUUCUCAGGAUGUUCAAAAUAUUUUAUAGUAAUAAUUUGUGUAAAAAUUGAAUUUUUUGAACAGAAUGUUUUUGCAUUUUUUUUAAUUUUGGUAAAACAACACAAUAUGAAAGUUACUAUCUUAACCAUUUUAGAGUACACACAGUAGUGUUCAUUAUAUUCACAUUGUUGUAAAACAGAUCUCCAUCAAUUUCUCAUCUUGCAAAACUGAAACUCUGUAUCUGUAAAACAACAUUUCCCCCAGUGGAAUAGAAAUGUGAUUAAAUGUAAGUCAAGAAACACCUGAAUUAUAUUAAUAGUUUAUUUGUUUGCAAGAUCUGAAACCAUGAUGAACGUCAAGUUCCUGAAAUUGGGGUGCCAGAAUCUCUUCCCUCCCUCCAGGUCCUUAUCAGUCGUAAUUGAGUAGGGUUUAAAUGUCUGUUAAUUGAGAGGGUUUGUUAUUUCAUUUUGAGCCAGAGGGGAGAAACACAUUUUAAACCUUAAUUAGAAUUUAGGUUAGCUUUGAAGUUGUACUAAAUUGGGAAGGUAAUAAAUUUUCACAAAUUAUGUGUACCUAGUUGUUGAAAAUGUCAAUUGUCUAAGUCUACUUGUAAGAGCCUCAAAAUAUUUUUUUCUCUCAAAGGCCUAAUUUUAUUUGCUUAAAUAUUAUGAUAGGAAUGCUUACUGAUAUUACUUGAUAAUCAUAUAAUAGCCUUGGAACUUUAACAUAUAGACGUAUAUAAUUAUAGCAGUAUUAAUAAUUACAGUUGUACUUCUUUAAAACAUUAAAUUUGAGGAAAAACUAUUUAAUGCUGUCUCACGUGUACCUUGCUUUGCUACAGUGAGGGGGAAAUCCUUUAGAUUGAGCAUUAAUUUGCUGAUAAAUGGUUAGUAGUGGGUGAAACUAGAGUAUAAAAAAAUAUGAACUAGGUAGUGGAUCUGAAGAAUUAAAAUUGUAAGUUGUUGCAUUGGUAUUUUCUACCUCCUUUUCUGUCAGAGUAUUACUUUUCCAGCAUUAUUGUUAUUUGUAAUGAAGGAGACAGAAAUCUGGGAUGCAAACUGAGAAUUCUAUUUUCAUAAGGAUUUAAGCAGUAGGUACAGAAAGAGUAACUUGCCACAUCAAUUUGGUGCCUAAAUCCAUUACUACAAGUUAUAAGUGACAUGUGCAAAAUAUAUUAGAUAAUAUUGCUGAAUAUUUUACUUUUCCUGUACAGUCUACAUGACUUUGUUUCAUAAACAUGACUUACUUCCUCCAAAUAGCAAAAUAGUCUUGUAAUUUUCUAUAAAAUAAACAAAUAGGCCAUUUUGUCUGAAAUCUGUAAUUCAGGAAGCUAUUGAAAGUUCUGACUCAGGGCUUUUUAACAGUUGUUAAGUAUAUUUUGGGAAAUCCAUCUACAUAAUUCUUCAGUGCCUUGAAGGAAUUAUUAACUUGGCAGCACUAAUAAACCUUUAUAGAAGGUGGUCUUUAGUAAAUGUGUAUAAUCAGAUACACGUUUAUAAGUCCUGUUGCUUAUCUUAUUAGGAGGAUACUGCGUGUGUGCUAGGUAUUGGGUAAUUCUUUAAAGGAUGUUUUCUAGAUUUGCACCUGAUACUUGUUUUUCAACUGAUUAUUUAUGGCCAUGGCACUGUUACCAGAAAAGUAAUUCUGUGUUAAGUCAUUAUAUGUAAAGUCAUGUACAGUAGCAUCUGGGAAGAGGAUAUGGGGUUGUACAAUUUAGCUAUUUUAAUAUAAAAGGAGGAUCUAUUUGGUAAAAACAGAUUAUCUUCCUUCGAGUGAAAAAAAAAGACCUCUACGUAGGUGAAAGAAAAAAAUUUUUAAAGGUAAUCACUGUUUGCAUAGCAUUCAUAAAGCUAGUCUUACUAUUUGAUUUCAUAAAAGUUGUUUUUCUGUUUAGUAUGCUUGUGUCAUCUAAAUACACUAUGUUCAGUGAUAGAAAACAAUUUGACUCAGUAUUUUGUUUUGUAUUUUUUCCACUGUUUUUUAGCUUUUACUUGAUUAAAGUCUUGUUUGUGAGUAUAGUUUGUUUCUCUAUGGCAAAUGAUUUUUGCUUAUCAGCUCUUGUUAAAAAAGGCCUAGCAAGAGCUAAGCUUUUAAAAAUAAAUGCAAACAUUCACCAUCAAUAAAACCUAUGAUGUAAUAUCAUUAUACAAUGCUUUUCUUUGAUCUUUUGAAACUAUUCUUUAUAAAAGUAUACAUGAGUUUUUACUUUUAAGGUAUUUGAAAACAAAUCUCAAUAUAUCAAAUCUAUUAUUAUUGGAAAGGAAAUUAUCAUGUCUUUGAGAAACAAAGACAUUAUUAACAUCUCUAACUCAGUGUAAUACAGGUGCCCACAUCUAGAAGGCUGUCAUCGCAAUUGCUUACAUUUAAGGUACCUCUUUCUAAAGGGCCAAAGAAGUUUCUCAUAUUUUAACACGUCUCACUCUUUCAAGAUUAAGAUAUAUUGUGAAAAUAGUCUGAGUAGUUUUAAGUUUGACAGAAAAAAAGUUCAACUGGUUAGGAAGACACACCUUUUUCUAUAAAACGUUUGUUCUUCACAAUUCAAAUGUAGAUUGCAUUUUCAAGAGACAUUUUAAAGAAAUGACUUAUUUGGUAUUUUUAGGGCUUUGUGACUAAAUCAGUAAUUGAAUGGUUUAGGGGUUAUUUUAGUUUUCAAGUUAAUAGAAGCACUUAUUUGUUGUUAUUGAAAGGUUGUCUAGUUCAAAAAAGUAUGUGUAUCUCGGAUGUUUAAGAGGAAAACCAUCCGAAACAAAAUCUUUUAAUUGUUUAUUUGAAAAAAGCAUAUGUAUUCCAACUUUAAAAUUGUGAAUUUAUUUUUUGGUAACCUCUGUUUCUGGGUUUAUUUCUUUUGCUGUAUAAUUAGAUAUUUCAUGGCAAUAUUUUUUUACUAGAUUUAAACUCUGUAUAGAUUUUUAAAAUAAAGACAUUUAGAAAACCUGA